AGCGCGGGGGCCUGGAGCGACGGAGACCUCGGAGGAGGGGCUUCCUAGGCUGGGCCGGCUUGCAGUGCCACACCCCUUCGGUCCCGGAGAUGGGGAAAACCUGGGCCCCCUCCGCCGGGACCAAGCCCGGAGCACCCCAGCACCCCCGGUACCCCAGGUGAUCUGAGUUGACAGCAAGCAUACUGGAAUUUGUGGCUAUCGAAGUGAUGCACCGUGGCAGUGAACACACUGAGGAAAUGGAUUUGGAUCAACUAGAUCUGAAUCCCAGAAUCAUUGCUGCAAUUAAAAAAGGCAAACUGAGGUCAGUGAAGGAGGUUCUGUGCUACUCCGGACCAGAUCUGCAGAGACUCACCAGUCUGCCUCCCCACGACGUGCAGCACCUGCUCAGAGUGGCCUCCCUACACCUCCAGGGCAGCCAAGUCCUCACAGCACUGCACCUGUUCCAGAAGAGAGAAAGCUUCCCCCAGCAGCACCAGCGCCUGAGCCUGGGCUGCCCCAUCCUGGAUCGGCUCCUGGGCGGUGGCUUGCCCCUGGAGGGCAUCACUGAGCUAGCUGGCCGCAGUUCUGCAGGGAAGACCCAGCUGGCAUUGCAGCUCUGCCUGGCUGUGCAGUUCCCACAACAGUAUGGAGGCCUGGAGGCUGGGGCUGUCUAUAUCUGCACAGAAGACGUCUUCCCCAGCAAGCGGCUAUGGCAGCUCAUUGGGCAACAGCAGCGGAUGCGGACAGACGUGCCUGAGGAGGUGAUCCAGAAGAUCAAGUUCAGCAAUCAGAUCUUCAUAGAGCACGCAGCAGAUGUGGAUGCUUUGUUGGAGUGUGUGAGUAAGAAGGUCCCUGUUCUGCUGUCGAGGGGCAUGGCCCGCCUGGUAGUGGUUGACUCAGUCGCAGCCCCAUUCCGCUGUGAGUUUGACAUAGAGGCCUCAGCCCUCAGGGCCAGGCACCUACAGUCACUGGGGGCCACACUCCAACGGCUGAGCGGCACUUUCCAAAGCCCAGUGCUGUGCAUCAACCAGGUGACAGAGACGGUGGAGGAGCAGGGAUCUAUACUCAGACCAGUGGGGGCCUGGGAUGAACGCCUUUCACCAGCCCUUGGCAUCACCUGGGCCAACCAGCUCCUGAUGAGAGUGAUGGCUGACCGGGUCCAUGAUAGCCACACCACCCUGAGCUUGGCCAGUGGCCCAGCCCGAACUCUACGGGUACUCUUUGCCCCCCACCUGCCCCCCUCUUCCUGCUGCUACACAGUCAAUGAGGAAGGCAUUCGAGGGGUGCCAGGAACCGCCUCCUGCAAACACGGGGGCACCAACGGAUCUGCCUGACCAGGUCAUAAUAAACCCUUAAAGUGCUGCUGUGCCAGCAUGGUGUCCUACCAGCACUUUGGCAGCUGGUGAACAGAUAUCCAGCUGAGGCUCAGCGUCUGCUCCCCCUUCCUGGGGUUCACCCACCCAGCCUGUCGGGCCUCAGCCAUUGGUCCUACAUACUGGCCCUCAGAGGAAGAGCUGACCAGGGGUUGACAGCCCUGAGGGUGACUCCCUGGAAGUCCCAGAAUGACAAGGGGCCGCUGUUGCCCACCCUUGGCUUUCUACCCAGGGCCGAGUCAACAGCUUGUCUGGUAGGGCCUCCUCUCUGGCAAAAUGGUCUAGGACCACCCCAGUGAUACCCUCACUGGGGCCACAGUGAGGUGCCCCCUGCUCCCAACACAUAUCUGCCCAAAACGAGAUGACCCCAGGCUCUGACUUCUGCAGAUCCAGGGAAAGGAGGUGGUACUGGCUGUACCUGGCUGCCACAGGCCAUGCCAACAACUUAGGGCAGGUACAAAGAGCAGCUUUGUGAGUCCUCACCAAGGCCUGUCUGUGCCCAGUCCGGCAGCUCUGGCCUGGCAGAGCGUCCCUCAGGGACACAGCAGGAUGCCUUAGAGGGCCCCAGUAUGCAAAGGCAGCGCCCUUAGUAACACAUCACCCACAACUCCAGGAUCACUACCUCAUCAUGGACUCCUGGCCAACAGCAGUCACCUAGGAAUGUGUGCUCACAGGACAGGGCUGUGAUAACCUUGAACCCACCCCUGUAUCUCCAAGUGCUGCCUGAUAUCACGAGGAAACCAGGCCCUCACCAAAGAGCACUGCUGCUCCAAGUGGUGUGUGCCUUCCUCACACAGGAUAUGUACUGCCAGUGUCCCCACUUGAGGGAAGCAUACGGCUUAUGGUAGAUGCCAUGAUCUUCCCAGGGUGCUGUGCCUGGCAUGGACCCCAAGACUACUAGGGACCCUGUUCUAUACUGUGCUCAUCAGACCAAAGCCACCUCCCCCUCCCCCACCCUUGGCAAUACUGAGGAUGGAACCUAGGACCUUGUACAUACAAGGCAGGUACUCUACCACUGGCAUGAAUGUGGGACAAAUUGUUUAGAAUUCAUUCAUGUAAAACAGGGUGGGAAAACACUUUUAACAGGAAAUAAAACAUUUUUAUAACUAUCAACAAUUCUAAGUUGUUUACUAACUAGGUUGUAUUGAUAAUUAGGCACACUUUGAAGACAUGCUCCCAAAGGCCCACCUCCACCUGCCAGGCAAGGGGCACCUACAGGUCCUCCCCUACCAGUAGUUUACCUAGUAUAUCAACUAAGGUAUCUUUCACCUCACCAUCUUCCAGAAUCAAGAACCAUGAACUCCUCCCAGUGUUGGGAGCUGCUUGUCAGCGCUGGAUUUGCUGAGGCCAGCUGCCCAGCUACACCACCCCUGCCAACCUGCAUUGCAUGAACUGCCACCUUACUGGCCCAGAUCUGUGAUCACAGGCAUGUGCUGCUCGGGAAAUGGGUGCAGCAAACACCAGACCUGUGCCCAGCAUGCUUCUCAGAGCAGGUCUUUGAGGUUGUGACAAAGGAUGUGUGAACUAAGCACAAAUCCCUGGUUUAUGUAUAUUACUGAUUAUUUAAUGUAUGUUACUAUAAACACUGGCUCUCAGGUCAGUGAAAUAGCUGAGGAAAAGGUGCUUGUCAUGUAACCCUGGCAACUUUAAUUCAAUCUCCAGAACCCACACAAAGAUGGAGAGAACCAAUUCCAGUUGUCCGCUGACCUCCACAUGCACAGCUGCACACACAUUAAGAUUAAACACUAACAGACUACAUGAUAUUCCCAGCAGCUUUCCAGAAAACAUGUUGAACCCUUCAGACACUGAACACCUAGAGCCUCCCUGACCAGGAAGCACAGGUGCCUGCUGUGCCCACCACAGGCAGAAAGUCACUGCUGUGUGUGGACACCUGCCCUGCCAGUUGGUGGGAACUCAGACCUGGGUUUGUCCAGAACUAUGAGGAAUAGGUAUGGCUCUCACUUAGCACCCUCUCAUCAUGGAGAGCAUUGAGAAGGGACAAUGGGCUCUUGCUUUCUGAGAAUGUUAAAAUGCAGUGGGUCCUAGCUUGCACAGUGGAGACUUCAAGUUCCACAGAGUCUUCCUCAGCCAGGUGCUCAGCUAGACUGCCAGUCAGCUUGCUCCAGAGUCCCAUCUCUGCCUCUUGCACACUGGAUUACAGGAGGGCCACACACCCACCAGGCUUUUACAUGGGUUGGAGAUCCACAAAUCCCAUUCCUCGCUA